CAUGGGCUCGAUCUUCUCGACGUCAAGCACGCCCGCAGCCGGGACGAGCCUGGGCAGCGAGUGGCUGCAUGGAGACGCUGCGAGCAAGGACGCGGAUUGCGCCGAGAGCGCUGGCGGUGCCACGACGGACGAGGGCAACGCGGACGUCAACUCGGACAAGACGAUGCAAAGCCUCGGAGGCAGCGAAGAUGCAUCCACUGCAGGACGCAGCGACUCCCUGUCGACCAGCCGCGAGACAGCAAGCAUACUGCUGGGACACACCAACGAAGCACUCUACGAGGUCUUGAGCGAUGACGAUGCGGUGGACAGUACUACCGCCAUGGACCACUCGAAAUCGUAUCUUGGCAAGCGCGACGCACCAAGUUUCGAACGCAACGGGCCUGCCAAGCGCCAGCGCAUGGUCUCCAGUCCGUCGUUGUCUCUACCAGCACCCGAUGACGCGUGCUCACUGCCUCCCUUUCUUCAACUCGAUGGGCCCUGGAGCAACCCCAGUGCGAAUGUCCAAGCUCCAUUUGCCCUCGCCUCGCCGAAGGCUAUUGCCGACUGCCCUUUUGCGUAAACCAACGCUGCAGUUGCCAACGUGUGAGCAGUGCUGCAUGCGUUGAUUAUCGUAUGGAGACACUAGCCAUCUCAUUUUGCUUGCUCGAGACACUGCCGCAACCCCCGCUCUCUGUGCUUGGAUGGUCUACCGGCAGUCUUUGUGAACGAUAUCAAUGCCGAGUCUUACGAAGCACAUUGUUUAUAUUGUCC